AUGUGUCAUCUUAGAGCGCGUUGGCUUAAUUUACUUAAGUGUGGUAUAGUCUUUGCCUUUUCGUGCUAGCACCUCUACAAAGAUUACCGGCCUUAUUUACAUUUAUUUGUUUGCUAAGUUGGGUAGGAGAACCUCAAACGCUCCAUCGCUCGGCUGUGGUAAAGCUGAUGAGGCGGACGAGCAGAGUUGUGCGCCUUCGCUCCGGGGACAUAUUUUAAUUGCUGCUCCCCGUUUUUCACUAGUGAAGGGAAAUAAAAUGUUACCUGUUCUCGGUCGGGCUCACUUUCUGCUCCCCCUCUCCCAAUACCGAGCGGGGGGCAGCUAAACCGGCGGCUCCCGCCCACCGCCGCCUCCCUGGGAGGGGGACUGCGGGGCCAGAGGCACGGCGGGGCUUUCACCGCCUUCCUAAGCCCCCGCUCCCUCUCUCUGGCGAGGAGACCCUCGGCGGGGCGACUCCCUCUGCCCUGGCACAUGGGUUUGCCAGCGGGGUGGCUGCGCAAUAAGACCAUUCCUGCCCCCCGUCACGUAUUUAAAAUAAAAUUUAAAGAAAGCAGAGGGUAGAGGCGAUUGAGCUGCUAUUUGCCUGUUAUUUUUUCUUGCGAUCAGGCGCCGGCUUUCCUGUAGUUUGGGUUUUCUCAGCGGUCUGCAGCGGUAGGGUGUUUGCGGCGAAUACAAACAGGGGGGAAAGCAGUUGUCAGCCCGGCUUGUUUAAUAGCCCGUUGCAUUGUCAGUGCUGCUGCUGGGCUGGGGAAGCUGGGGGGGCCGUGCGUGAACAAGUGCCGUGUGUAAUUACUGCUAAUGCUCGGGGCGGCCCGGGGCCCUCUGCCGCGGGACAGCCGCGCAACUUGCGCUACCCCGUGGCCCUGGCUGCAAAGGGGGCGGCUGGUGUGGGCUCGGCGAGCCGGGAGGGCGGCUCGCAGUCAGGGAGGGGGCAAAGGGAAACUUCCCUCUCGGUCGCAAGCACUCGAUGUGUCUCCGAGAGCGACCAGAGCCGGCCGCAGAGCCUCUGGCCACCGUCACCCUAAGCCGGCGUGUUCGUGCCCGAGGAGCGGGGCUGCGCUGCCUUCGGCUCCCGUUCGCUUUUACCCUUCGGGCUUGCGCUCCAAACUGCGAGGUGUAUUUUUAGAUGGCGCUGGCGAUUUUGCUCUGCGACCCCGAGGAAAACCCCGCCGCUUUGUCUCGCCGGUCUUCCGCACCGGGGCCGGGGAGGAGGGCGGCGGGCGGGCCGGCUGUCGCCGGCGGGCCCUGGGGCAGCGCCGACCCCCGGCCCGGCCCGCUGGCCCGAGUGGCAAGGGCUUGUGCUCCCGUGGGGCCACCCCACCUGAGGCCGCCGCAGCGCUCCUCGCUGUCUGCCAGCCCACGAGUGGCCGGUGGCCCCUGAGAAGGCCUCAAGAGAAGGAAAAAGAUUUCUUUAGAAGGGGCUCUCGUGGUACUCUGACCAUUGCCAGGACAGGUUCUGAGGGAGGGCAGCGGCCCGUAUGGCUGAGGCGAGGGGCUGAGUUAUGGCUAAGAGACAGACGUGGGGCGGCGGCGCUGACAGGCGGCGGGCGCGGGGGAGUGAGCCCGGCCGUCGCUGCUCGUAAUUCCUAGCGCUGCCGGGCAGGGAGCCGCAGGCAGGGCCGGGCCGGCCUUCCCCACCGGGCCCCAGCCCUCUGCAGCCCGCUGGGCAGGAGCUGGGCCCCCUCUUCUCUCCCUGCCCACCCGAGUCCUCUCUUCCUGACAGGGCGACACUCCCCGGCAGCCCCCACCACCCGGCGCUGCCGUUGCUAUCCCGCUUCUCCCCGUAGCAGCGGCUCAGGGUGAACUCUCCGCUUCAGGCUGCCCGAGCGGGGACCCUCGGCAGGGUCCCGGGCCCGUAUUCCCGGCCCCGGGCAGUGCAGAGUGUCAAUAGUCCGGCCCUGGCCACCAACCAGCCUUUCCCCGCGGGUGCCACAGCGGUUCCGAGAAAGCCUAAACCCACCGUGUCGUUUGCUUUGUUCGGUGCUGCUGCUGCGGAUGGUUGGAAGCUUGCGAAAGAUGCGAGGGACCGGGGCCCUGCUCGGUUAUUUACUACUGGAGCUGCUCUUUUCCAUUAACGAAGCUGCCGUGUCUCCAUGAGAUCAGAGACGGGCAGAGGGGGGAUGUAUCUUUCGAACCUGCACGCCAAAAACGCUUGGCAUGCACGCGAAACUGAUGUAGAGAACACAAGUUCGUAACUGGUGUAUAAGCUACAUAUACCAUAUCAUCUCUCUAAGUCGAAGCUUGUUAGUGGUUUGUUUUGUUUUGCUUAAAUAAUAAAUAAAUAUUAUUUAUUUCAUUCUCAAGACGUGAUCCCGUGGUAAAAGAGUAGUACUUUAAGAGCAAAUAAGAAUCAGGCAGGAAAGGUGCUAGUGUUGGGGGAACUGAAAAGCAGUUCUGACCUUUGCCAAAUGGUAAAAAGCAUCAGGGCAGUGUGCAUUUUGUCCUGUCAGACCGAUACCUUUUUUUUUUUUUGUCCA